CACCAUAACCAAGCGACAAAACUAGCUACUCAAACGAAACAAACCACAAAAAUGGCCGAGACUAUAUCAACUAAUGAAACCGUGGUCGGGUUGCCAACGUUCGUCGCGUUCCGAUCAAAGUCCAAAGCAACCUUCAUGCAUUAUCUCGACCGCAAUGAAGAAUCCGAGCACUACUUUGAGUGCAUGAGUUGCAAGAAGGAAGCCCUGGACGAUCAGAGUCCACUCGUGAAGCUGAGGCUCGAGCCUGCAGCCCACAACGACAAAUCACUGGUCCACAUCCGUUGCUGUUCCAACGGCAAGUACUUACAGGGUGAAUCAAGAUACCGCACCCUCUGCAUCGCUGCAACCGCCGACCAACCGACGGAGGACCCGGCGCAAGACACGUGUACGCUGUUCCAGCUCGAGGUCUUGCCGCCCAAGGAUGGUCAGAUGGUGGUGGUUCGGCUGUUGCACGUUCACAGCAAGAAAUAUCUUAUCCCGCUCUCAAACGGUGUCGUGUCUGCGUACUCGACCAAAUACGAUGGUCAGCGUGGGCUUGAUCAUUUCCAAGUUUAUCCUUUGGAGACUUCGUCCGAGGUGAAAGAGGAAGAGAAGGAGGAGGAGGAGGAGGCAAAAAAGGCGGCCGGAGGGGAAGAGGAGGCGGUUAAGGAGGAGGCUGGAGAGGAGACUACUGAAAAGAGAGACGAUGAUGAUAACGAGGUGAUGAUUGAGAGGUUGAGGAGGGAAGUGGAGGCGAAGGAUAGAGAGAUAAAAGAUAGAGAUGAAGCGAUCCAGAGGAAAGACAAGGAGAUCGGAGACAUGAAGAUGGAAGUGGAGAAGAUGAAAGCUGUGGAGAUGAUGAAUGAAGUGGAGGAGAAAGUCGUGGAGAUGGAGAAGGUGGUGAAGGAGGUGGAGAUUUCGAAACUGAAGAGCGAAGUGGAGGAGAUGGGUAAGGUGGUGAAGGAAAAGGACGAAGAGAUUGCGAUGAAAGAUAGGGAAUUGGAAGCUAAAAGCGAUGAGAUCGAUGAGUUGGAAGCUGUGUUGGAGGAAUUGAGAGGAAAGGUGGAGAAGCUGAAGCAUGCACUGGCCAUUCUUGUUCGUUCUGCUUAGAGUUUGAAGAUGAUCAUUUGUAUGUUACGCUAGCUACAAGCAUGCUUAUGUGGUUUAUAUUUGCUUGCUGUUUAAUUUGUUAUAUAUUGUUACCCUUGUCUAUGAUUGUAUAUAAAUGGAAACAAUAAAGAUGGGAGCGCAAGUGUGCUCUCACAUGUAUGAAUUGAAAUAAUUUCAAGGAAAGUUGUUAAUGUUUUACCCUUCAAUUAGUUUCUGUUUCGGCUCUCAAAUGUCUCAUUUCCUAUUUUAUGUUUCACGUGUCGCUAGAAAUUUUAGGGAUAAGGUGGAACAUGAAAUAUAUGUUUAUAAGUCGA